CGCCAGUUAGCGUUGAAUUGCUCAGGAAAACCUACUUCGUUUCAAGGAACACCUUAUCAUCUUUUCUAAUUUAAACGUUUGAAAGCUAUGGACUUCAAGGUUGGUGUUCUUUUGGUGCUGCUAAUGGUGUCACUAAUGGUUCAAGAUUCUGAACAAGGCCGUCGACGCCGUCGCCGCCGCACCACACCACCUCCCCUAACACAGCAAUGUAGAAAUCGUGUUCAAAAAUAUUCAAAUCUAAAUGGAAAAAGCAUMMUUGAAAUGGCCCGAGUGUGGGCUCCUGCAGUYAAACUUGCUGAAGGCGAGGAAUUUAAACCYUCAAGCAUCGAUUUCUUUCUCAGCCAAGUUAGUCUAUCUGGAAAMGRUGSAAAUACUCCGAMGRAACUCACAGCGGAARAUCUCCCUCAAUGUACGUCUGGAAACUGCUACUUGAACACCAAUCUACGGUGCCCGGACUGUACGAAUACGAAUGUUCUAAGAGGUCAAGAUCCAUCAUCUGUACCGGUCUACGUGAUCAUCGACGAAGAUGACGAAAAUGACGCCGUUGAUAUCUGGUACUGGUUCUUCUUUCCUUACAACCGCGGCAAAAUAGUUGACGUUGACAAUAAGAAAUAUCUAAACAAGGUAAUUAAAGUUUUACCUAACCAAUGGGAAAAGUUUCUUAAARAUCUUCAAAAACAGACGUAUGGGAACCAUGUUGGCGACUGGGAAAAGAUUAAGAUAAGAUUCGAGAACAAAAAGCUCCAUUCCAUGUACCUAGCAACUCACGAUUCAUCCGUCACCAAAAAGUACGCUGGAGAAUUCCUCUGGGAUGGAGCAGGUUUCAAGAAAGACAACAAGCGUAUCGAGAUGCAAAGUUGCACACAUGGGAUCGCAUAUGCUGCAAAGGGUUCCCAUGGAUUUUGGCCAAAUACUGGGAAGCACACUUAUAAGAAAAUCAUCGAAGUGUUUAAGCUGGUCGACGARUGCAGCAAUGGGGCGCCUUGGAACACUUGGGAAAACUUGAAAAUUACAACGAGGAAAGCUGAAGGGGAGCUUUACCAGAAUGAAUUCAAUUUCUUCAAUUACAAGGGGAGAUGGGGGAAUGAGGAACGUAGUUGUGUAGAUAUUGACAAGAAGAUUGAUUUGUUUUUUACGAAAUUUCGUAUAAAGUUCAAGCAAUGUGUCCUUAGUUCAGGCCCCAAAGGACCUACAAAAAUCUUUGAGUGAUGUUUGGAGUAUGUUUGAGGGUUUUUUGUAGUAUUAUAUAAAAGCUUUGUGUGUAAGAUGUCAUUCAAAGCAUUAGUCUUGAUCAUGUAUUCAUCACGUUUAAUUGCAAAUAAAAUUUUGUUGUUGUAA